CUUAGAUUGAGUCAGUAGGUCUGUGAGUUAGGGGUUGAUGUCUACGUGGUGAGGUUUGGAACCACUAACCCGGUUGUACACUUAUCACCAUGGUUGAGACCCGUAGUGGGAAGGAGACUAGCCCGUACACCACUGAGCAGCAAGAAAAGAUGGCCGCCUUAGUUAGAGAGAAUAAGGAGAGGAAAGAGCGUGAAAAGCAAGCCAAGCUAAAGGCUAUCGCAGACGAGCACGCGGCGAAGAUGAAGAGAUUGGAGGAGGAGAUGAAGAGGGAACAACAGGAGGAGGAAGAAAGAAGGAAGGCUGCUGAAGUAGAAGCGGCAGCAGAAGAAGAGAAAGAGAGGAUGAGAAUUGAGAGUGGGGAAGGAAGUAGUGGUGGCACGAUGAAGUGGGAGAUAGAUACUGAGCUGGAGAAGAAGAUCAACGAGCGGCCAGAUGAUAAGGCCAAGUGGGACAAAGUAUUGGGCUACCUAGAGGUGUUGAGCAAGGCCUGGAUGGAGGAGCGCCAGGCAAGCUGCAGCCAGGAUGUAGCGUUGAGUGCCAUGCGGUCCGGGUUCAGGGAUUUUGCGCGCGAAAUUGUUACCCAUAUUGGGGGCGAAGUCAAACAGUUGAGGGACAAUGUAGGGAAGUUUUGUGAGGGCGCCAUUCAGGGUGCCAAAGCUGCAGCCGCUGUAGAAGGAGAGGCCAGACCCCGUAAGGACCCAGUGAAGCUCAAGUUCCCAGACGCAUACUGGGGAAAGAAGGACGAGAACUUUGACAACUGGGAGGCCUGUGUCAAUAGCUACAUUUAUUUACAGCAUAUCCUGACAGAGGAACAAGUCCUCGUGGCCUUCCAGGCCCUCAAAGAUGAAGCGGCUAGUUUCGCCAGGUUUCUUGCGCGUACAGCCGGUUGUGAAAACAACCUGGUUGCAUACUCUACAGUCACCCCUCUUUCCCAAUUCCUCAGGCUCGUCAAGGAGCGUUUCGCUGACCCAACGAGAGGCAUAAGAGCUUCUAACAAGCUUCAAACGAUCCACUCACGGCAGUGGAGGAGUGCCAAGGCACUGAAGGGUACCAUGGACGACUUGGUAGCCGUCCCGGACCAUGGGGUCACUGAGCCCCAGCUGGUUCAGUUGUUUUAUCGUGCCAUUCCAGAGGCCCUACGUGGGCAUUUCUUUGACAAGUCUCAGCAGGUUGGCAUCACAUACGAUCAAUUAAGUAGGGAGGUCGUCCUGUAUGAGUCAAAGUCUAUGCCAGUUACCACUUUCUGGCAUAAGGACCUGGAGAAGGGGAAGAAGUGGAAGAAUCGUACCAUCUCAGGCCAAGUAAAGGCCAAGGAUCACAUUAUCCUGACAUUACAAGAAGGUGGUACCGAUGAGGUCCCAUAUGACCAGAUUGAGUGGAGCCUUGAAGAUGAUGGCAGUAGUGUGGGGCAGGGGAGGUCUUACGCUGCCGUCGCGGCUGGAGGGAGGCUGCAAGGAGGAGGAGGAGGCCAGGGCCAAAGGGGCCAGGCCAUGGGAGGCUGAGGACAGGGUCACAGGGGGUUGGCGGACAGGGAAACCGCCAAGCGGGAGGUAGGGGUCAAGGUCCCCCGUCAAAUC